AUGGCACCAACGAUCAAGCUUUCUUUUCCCAAUGCUCGACCCUACUCUUUCAACUUUCCCCUCGCAACCACCGCAUUUAUCAUUAUUGACAUGCAAAGGGAUUUUCUGCAUCCAAACGGAUUCGGUUCUAUUCAAUGUGGGGAUCCUGAGAUAUUCGCCUCCGUCAGCAAGAUCGUACAAACGGUUCAGAAAGUGCUAGGCGUCGCCCGCUCGAUUGGCAUUCAGGUCAUCCAUACUAGGGAAGGCCAUCGCUCGGAUCUUUCAGAUCUACACGCAGCAAAAAGGUUGAGACAGAUGAGCGCGCCGAACGGCCACCAUAUGAUGGGAAUCGGCGACAAAGGGCCGAUGGGAAGGCUGUUGGUGAGGGACGAGUGGGGUCACGAUAUUAUUGACGAGUUGCAGCCGCACCCUGGAGAACCUGUUAUCGACAAGCCAGGGAAAGGGAGUUUUUGGAAUACUGGAUUUCACCGGGUCCUGUUGGCCAGAGGUAUUACCCAUCUAAUUUUCGCUGGCGUUACAACCGAGUGUUGUGUGACGACAACUUUACGAGAAUGCAACGAUCGAGGGUACGAGUGUUGUAUCUUGUCAGACUGUACUGGUGGUUUUGACCAACAGAUGGUGGCAACGUCCCUCGAUAUCAUUUGCGGACAAGAUGGCCUUUUUGGAUACAUUGGCCACAGCUCGAACUUCAUUGCUGAAGCACAAAAGCUGUGCGAGUUGAAACAGCCUUGCGCUCCCCCCACUUUUGACGGUGUUCUUCCGUCAAUCUCUGAGCUGCAACAACAAUACAAAAAUGGUCUCCUGGACCUUGAGAUGAUCGUCCGAUCUGUUUUUGAUCGGAUAGAAAGAUAUGAGACGGUUGACCCUUCCGUCUGGAUCUCUAAACAGUCUCUUGAAGAUGUACUUGAAGCAGCAAAAGAGCUCUCUGCAAAGUACGCUGGAAAGCCACUGCCUCGUCUUUUUGGAAUACCGUUUGCAGUGAAAGACAGUAUCGAUGUCGCAGGCCUAGUCACUAGUGUAGCGUGCGAGAGCUUCGCGUAUAUCGCAGAUUCUACGGCCCCAUCUAUUCAGCAUCUCCUUGACGCUGGUGCCUUGUACAUUGGAAAGGUGAACUUGGACCAGCUUGCAACCGGUCUAUCGGGAUGCCGGUCACCUUAUGGUAUCCCCCACUGUGUCUACAGUACUGACCACAUUUCCGGGGGCUCCUCAUCGGGGUCUGGUGUGGCUGUUGCAGCUGGGCUUGUUUCAUUCGCUAUUGGAACCGAUACGGCAGGUAGUACUCGUGUCCCGGCAGCCUUGAAUGGCAUCGUUGGCUUCAAGCCGACCAAAGGCACCAUCUCUGCUCGGGGGUUGGUACCUGCAUGUAAAAGCCUGGACACAAUUACCAUCAUGGCGCCUAACCUACAAGAUGCACGGGAAGUCUGGUAUAUACUUGACGAGCACGAUCCCUUGGAUCCAUAUGCCAAACUGCCAAGCAGUUUAGUAACUUGGAAUGUGGAUUUCCGGGGGCCAAAGGAGGGAGGCUUCACAUUCGGCAUUCCUCCCCUUUCUCUCCUGGAAACUUGCUCCAAAGCAUACCAAGAACUCUUCCAGGCUACCGUUGAGAAGUUAAGAUCUUGCGGUGGCAGAUUAGUUGACGUCGACUACACACCAUUCACCAAAGCCGGCGAACUUCUUUAUGAUGCAUCGCUUGUACACGAACGUCUCGCCUCCAUGGGUCACGAGUUCUUCGUUCAGAAUAUCGAUACCCUCCAUCCCACCAUAAAAUCCAUCUUUCAAUCCGCACUCUCAUCCGACAUUAAAGCCUGGCAAGUAUUCCAUGAUCAGGCCGCACAAACUCGAUACACCAUGCAAGCACACAAAAUUUUCAACGCCUUGGAGGGCGGUAUUGAUACUCUGGUCGUACCAAGUGUACCAUUCCAUCCUACGAUCAAGGAGAUGUUGGAUAACCCACUUGUUCUGAAUUCCAAGCUUGGUACGUUCACACAUGCAGGCAACGUUGUUGAUUUAUGUGGUGUUAGUGUCAAUGCCGGGUGGAUGGAGAACGAAGAUGGAGUGAAGCUACCGUUUGGGGUUACUUUUCUUGGUGGAACUGGAUAUGAUGGGAAGGUUCUAGAUGUCGCCGCGGUUUUCAUGGAUGUUGUCAAAGAAAGCUGUCGAGACAUGUAG